ACAGCUAAUUUCAAUGCUAAAAACAGAAUAUUUCAAUCAAAUAUGGCAGUAACAUGUAAUUUCCUAACUUUUGGCGGCCAUCUUGAAAAAGGCGGCCAUGUUGAAAAUUGGAGAUGGGUCCAUAGGUUAAAUUGAAUAAAAUACUUAAAUCUACAAAUUUGCCAAGUUUGUUGCUUUUAUCAAAAAGUGAACAAUCAUUUCACCAUAUGACCCCACUAUUAGGAUUGUUAUGCGAUCGAGCGUAAAUUAAUAGGUUAAAAAAACGCUUUUGUAAGUUACGAUAUCAGCAAGUUAAUAUUCGAUAAAAAUUUACUACCAUUUAUUGGAACGGUUGGCAUAUAUAAGAGGCCGUGGUACUUUCAUAAAAGCAUUCAUUAUCCUCGCCGAAAUAUAUUCAAUGGUGUAAUUUUGUUGAAUUCAGUAGAGUCAUUCAACAUGCAUAUAACCUGACUAGGUCUAUACAACAAUUAUUAUGCAUAAGAUAAGGCAUGAUUCAUUAAAGACGUAUAUUUUACACGAGCAGACGCCAUCUUAUUCGCACUUUAUAUUUAAAGUUGUAUUAUUAACGUUUUUACGCAUUACUUUACUUAUUUAUAUACUGAAACAUGUCAGCUAUGACCAGAUAAGUACAAGUAUACGUAUUUGUGAUCUUGCUAUUAUUAACUCCUUCUUAUUUCGUGACAAUUAAACAAAAUAAAAGCUUAUCGAAGGUCUUACUGCAGCACUGUAUCGAUGGCUAAAAGUGACUCGAGACUUGCUGAACCAAAAGGAUUCCAUAGACAGGGCAGUGUCAGCCAACAAGACCUGAUACAGUGGGGAAAUGCCUCCGUUGAGACAUGCACUCUGAUAAGCUUGCUCGGAUACGAAACGGAGAUCAUACAGGCAAGGAGAGACGCAUACAGGGAGUGUGGCAGGCUUACGACUACACGGUCAUGUGGUGCGGCAACGUUUAUUGUUACGGGUAGCAAGGCUAAGGGGCUGAGCAACUAUCUGGAAAGUGAUUUUGAUGCAAUGCUUGUACUUAAUAGAGUGAUCUGUUUAGAUGAUGAUGUCAAUGCAAGUACCUUUCCUGGGGAGAUAACUGUGUUGAGAUCACUCAGCCGCAUGAGCUACCAUGGACACUGUGGACUGCUAUUGGAGAGACGUGGUAAAACAAUUAUCAGGCAAGUAAAUCAUGCGUUUUGUGAUGACGGAUAUGGUCGCGAACUUUUGAGCAGUGACUUGUUUGUUACUAACUGGUCGAACGAUACCUUGACGGAGGGCAUGGUGCGUCAUGAGCGUGCGGGACCGUCAAGGCCGAGUACAUUGCAGGGAAACUUGCACAGCGACUUAGUUCAUGCAUUACGUUACUACUGUCCCAACAUCCUGUCAAAAUGGGCCGCAAGACCUCGACACUGACCACCACCGGAAGACGUUCAGCAGUUGGUAUCACUUUGGGCAGUUCUUUGAUUUAAAGGAAGUGAAUAUCAACAUGUUGAAUGGAGAGUGUGCUUUAAUGCCGGUGAGAUCGAACUAGUUAACAAUCCUAAUGACACUCAAAUUAAAUUGUAUGUUUUGAAAAUGAUAAAGAACGAUGUUCUACAUCCACGCAAGAAAGAAGUUUCAUCGUACACAUUGAAAAACAUCGUUUUAUGGAUGGCGGAAAAUAAUCCUCAAGCCUCCUUUCAUAAUAAAGUAUUUUGCACUGGUUGCUUGAAUUAUUGUAUGCGCUAAGAGUUGCAUUGAUCACCUUAGAGCUACCAUACUAUAUGAUUCCAGAAAGAAAUUUGAUGGCAACCUCUGGACUGGAUAAGGAACAGCAACGUACAUGGAUAUCAACAAUUACAGAAAUGAUUAAUGAAGGACCGAGAAUGAUACUAAGACUUCAAAAGAUACGACAAGCUCGUAUUGCUCAUCCUGAACCAUAACGGUGGAACAGCAGGUGCAGAAUUGAGCUGGAGUUGCUGCAGCUCAUGCACAUUUAUGGAAGGUAGUCGAUUUAACAACGCACGGGAUGUUUUAAAUAUGAUGUUGUUGUAUUACAGAUAACACUCGCUUAUACUGCGAUAACGUUCAUCGUUCAAAUUGUCAAAGCGAAUUGUUGAGCAGAUUGUGAUAUUUUAAUGACUUUACUAUUCAGGCAAUACAUGAACUCGUAAAUGUGAUUGUGAGGCGGGUUCGCUGAGGGUGAUUAUAUAAGGGGGGUGAGUUUACAAUCUGAAUGAUGUUGUGGUAUUUUUUUGUAUAUAAUCGUAGAAAAAAUAAAUACUAGUAUAUUGCUAAGGGAAACCAUAUCGCGGUAUGCAUUUGUUUCAAACUGAAAGUAAUUACUAGCUUUGUGUCUACAUAUGUAAUCGUGUGAGUUAUGUUUAUAUCUUGUGAUUUGAUAUAUUGUAAGAUGAAGUAUCUAUAAUUUCAAACGAAUUAUUAUUGGUGUUGUGUAUGUAUAUGUAUAAAUUGAACAUCAGUCGAGUGAUAAUAUUGUAUUAUUAUGAUCGCAGUAAAUUUGUCAAUAGCAUUCUUGUGUUCUGCCUGAGAAUAAAACUGAUAGUGUAUUCUGCAUUUUUGUCGGAAGCGUAUUGAACACAUUCUUGUUGCAAUUAUGAAUACAAAUAUUUGCAUUUUUGUAGUAUGCUGCCUCGUUAAUUAUUUAUGUCACUAUUACAUGUAUAUAACAUUGCACAGAUAUAAACAACUUUUUUUGUUGCUAUCGCCUUUGAUUAAAUUGUGAAACGUAUAUUGUAUAUGUGUUAAUAUAUUUAGUAAUAUCGUGUCUAUAUUGUGUUUAUUCACAUAAUGAAUAAUUGUUUCAACUUAUUGAUGGCGUUUGUGCCACUUUCGGUAAUUAUAUACUGAUAUCAUUUUGUCCCUGUAUAUGUAUUCCAUACAUUUAAAAAUGCAGUUAUGUUGAUAUUUCAUCGAUGUGUUAAAUAAUAUUUUGAAUGACUUAUGUCGCCCAGAUGUUAUUUGUUCAUAAUGCUUAUAAUGAUUAC